AGUAGGUGGCGGUAAUGCGAACCAAACGGGAUUUCCCAACCACCAAUCAAAUCAACAACAACAAGAAGAAGAAGUCUGACCAGCUAGAAACACGGAAGCCACUUUUCUGUUGUUACAGUGAGCAAAGAACCACACGGCAGAAGAUUAUCUGGGUUUUAUGUGUAACACAUAAGCUGACAAUGGUUUCUCGGCACUAAAAUGGUGUGCAAAUAGCUGUUGGGUGUCAUUACGCCGCCACACCCUCCUCAGCUGAGGACGUUGAUUUUUGUUGCGUGGGUGCUGGGGUACGUCGCCUUUUUGGUGUCCGUCAGGAAGAUGUGGACGGCCAAGUACGCGCGCAGUCCGCUCGUGCGCUCGCUGUUUGCGAACGUGCACGAGAGCCAGGCGGUCGCGGCACAGACGCAGGAGUGGUACCGGAUCUGCCCUGACCUGCUGGGAGAAUCGGUUCGACCGCUGUUCAUCGGCAGCCAUCUUGACCGGGACACAGAGGAUUUCCUCAGGCGCAGCGCAGAGAAGUCGGGCUGGGUGUUCACCCAGCUUUAUCACUCUCUCGUGUCCACCAUGCUCAGCCCCGUGGUGUCGCGCACCUCCAUCAAUGGGCGAGUGUUUCUGGGCCGGGGAUCCAUGUUCGUGUUUUCCGCAGACCAGUUCCAGGCGCUGCUCCGAAUCGGCCCCGAAUGGAGGGCCGACAGACUCCUGGACCUCGGAGCGGGGGAUGGAGGCGUCACAGAGGUGAUGGGGGCCCAUUUCAGAGAGGUGUAUGCCACCGAAGUCUCGCUCCCCAUGCAAUGGCACCUCCAAAGGAAGAAUUACAAACUGCUAGGUAUAGAUGAGUGGCAGCAUACUGGUCUCCAGUAUGACGUCAUCGGCUGUUUGAACCUUCUGGACCGCUGCGAUGACCCUCUGCACCUGCUGCGGGACAUCAGGAAGUCCUUAGUACCAAAGACGGGAAGAGUCGUCCUCGCUGCUGUGCUUCCAUUUCAGCCAUACGUGGAAGUCGGAGGGAAGUGGGAGCGUCCAAAGGAACACCUAAAAAUAGCUGGAAAGACGUGGGAGGAGCAGGUGACGAACCUGUCCAAAGAGGUUUUCGGACAAGCGGGGCUGGAGGUGGAGGCCGUGACCCGACUGCCAUACCUCUGCGAAGGGGACAUGUACAACGAGUACUACGUACUCGACGAUGCGGUUUUCGUACUUAAGGCCUCAGACGACACGGAAAACUCUCCGUGAAUGCUCGGUGAAUUCCCGUGGGAAUUCGGACCGCUCUUCUAAUGUUAUGGGAACUUCACGUCGAUGGGAUGGAUUUUACUGCAAUUUUUCAUGAGCCUCAUUCGUACCGUCAGUGUGUAGUGAUGUGGAGUCAGGUGUGAAGCUCAGGUUCUAUAGUUCCAACUGUUACCAGCGAUCCUGUGAUACCUUGACUUUUAGCACAAAAAAAAGUGAGUGUGUGUAUACAUGCAUAUAUAUAUAUAUAUGCAUG